AUACAUCACUGACGACGACUGGCGACAAGCCGCAGCUGCCGGCAUCACGUCUGUGCGCGUGCCCAUUACCUGGGCCGCGUUCGCAGACGCAUUGGCCAGGGCGGCCCCGGACGCGUAUGGAAAGCACGAUCCAGACAAGGACGAGGGGAUACCGUCAUCGUGCCCGAUCCUUUCUACUCUGAUGAGCUUGCGUUCGCGACGAUUCCCCGUGAUUUCAUGCGAUCAAUUUUGGACAUCGCGAGCGAGAACGGUAUCAAGGUUGUUUGGGACAUCCACGCCUUCAUGGGUGGCUCCUCCAACGGCACUUACACUGGCGUCUGGCCAAGCGCGCCACAGUUUUGGCAGGCGAAUUUCAACAUCGGCAACACGAGCACACCUCUCACGGAGGCAGGGAUUUGGGUCGUGGAGGCAUUGAUCAAGUGGGUGGAAGAAGGACUCAGCCGUGAGCAGCGCAACGCAAUAGCAGGGCUCUGCCUGAUGAACGAGCCGGCUCACCUGAGCGUUGGGGAGGGUUGGGCAGAGCAGGACAAGAUGUUGGACUGGGUUGGGCGGGCGACCGAUUUGUUCAGAUGGUCAACUCUACCCCAAACGGGGAUGAAGUUGUAUAUCAAUGUCGUCGAGACAGCGUUCAAGAACAUGAACGAGGGAUUCGAGCAGACGUUCCCGUCGUGGUGGACAGAGCACACCACGGCAGACGAGAGGAGCAGCUGGGCGGUCAUCGACCGCCACAAGUACUGGACCUGGGAGCCGGAGUGCAACGGGUGCGACGAGCAGGGCGCCGACGGCCAGCCCGUGUGCGCAUGGACGUGCGACACGCCCCGCGGCGAGGUGGAGGAGAGCACCUGCGCGGCUGCAUCACCCGCUGGCGGGACCGCUUCGGCGCGCUCUUCCCCGAUGGGCUGCGGGCGGUCUCGGAGUUCUCCGCGGGCACGUGGCGCCACGGGCCCACCGCCUGCCGCGACCUGGACCUGACGCGCUCGUACUUCCAGAUGCAGGUGGACGCCUUCACCGAGAUCGGCAUCGAGCCCUUCUUCUGGAACUGGAAGAUGCCGUACGGGCCGAUCUUCCAGACGGGCUGGAGCCUCAAGGCCAUCCUGGGCACCGAGGCGGAGGGCCUGCCCGGCCAGUGCGGGGGCGACGCCGGGGGCGAGGCCGAGGGCCCCCCCGAGGUGCAGUGGAAGAGGGCGUAGGUAGGGCCCACCCUCUGCUCGAAGAAGAAGAAGAAGACGACGACGGCAUAAUCGUAAAUGGCUGGAGCUCCGUGCGGAUCUCUUGGAUCGGCGUUGGGCGCCGCCCCUGGCGCGCUCGUGGGGCUCGGCGCAGAUCCGAGGAGUCCGCGCGGAGCCUCGAGAGUUUGUGCUCGUGCCGUUUGGUGUUCCUCCCUCCGUGCCGCAAAGGCUCGGGCCUCUCCCUCCGCCGGGGCAGAGUGCCCACUCACUGCCUCGGAGCCGUGCCUCCCGUGCCCCGAGGGGUGGUGGACGUCGGCGUCGCGCCCGCUCCCGCUGCCCUCCCUCCUGGGCGUGCCGCCGAUUGGGGCAGGGCCCCACGAAGUCGUGGAUGUGGAUGCGCUCCUCGGCUGUGCACCCCUGGGCCUCUCGGCUCCCCAGGGUCCUCAUGCUCACUGGUCCGUCACGGCGUGAUUGAGAUUUUUCUCGCAUCAUGUUUUCCGAAUUCGGCACUCUGCGAUUGGCUUGGCCAUGUAUUUGCCCACUGCGUACCGAGUCAUGUGUUUCUCUCUUCUCGCGCAUUGGCGGACAUCGGGCAUCUGUGAGAAUAUUCUACACCCGUGUGCUUGCUAUAUGCGCCCACUCGCGUUUGCAAAGCAAACCAGCCCGCCGCAAGGUACGUCGGCAUGAGUCGAGCGGGCGCUUGCUAGAUUCAGCGCCCCUGAAGAUUCAAGGGCCUCGUGAAAUUUAUGACAGCGGAGCCAGAUCGAGGUGUUAACGCUCUACCUGGAUAAAAGCG